AUGACCGAAGAAGUGCCCAUUGCGCCUGCCAUAGACUACUUGAGCAAACAGGAUUUGGACAAAAUUGGAGCCGGGAAUUUAACACCAUUGACUGAAGAGGUAAUCUCACGACAAGCCACGAUCAACAUUGGAACAAUCGGACAUGUGGCUCACGGAAAGUCGACACUCGUGAAGGCGAUAUCUGGAGUGCACACUGUGAAGUUCAAGAACGAAUUGGAGAGAAACAUUACCAUCAAGCUCGGCUACGCAAAUGCAAAGAUCUACCGCUGCUCGAAUGCGGAAUGCCCACGACCGGGUUGUUAUAAAUCAGCAGGCUCGGCUAGCCCGGAUCAAAUGCCAUGUGCUCGUACUGGUUGCGGUGGUCAGAUGACCUGUGUUCGUCAUGUUUCUUUUGUCGAUUGUCCCGGUCACGACAUUCUUAUGGCCACCAUGUUGAACGGAGCCGCUGUCAUGGAUGCAGCCUUUCUUUUGGUUGCUGGAAACGAGCCUUGCCCACAACCGCAAACUUCCGAGCAUUUGGCCGCGGUUGAAAUUAUGCAAUUGAAACAUUUGUUGAUUCUUCAAAAUAAGGUGGAUCUUAUCAAAGAGGCACAGGCGAAGGAACAAUAUGAGCAGAUCAAGUCAUUCGUGCAAGGUACUGUGGCCGAUCAGGCUCCCGUCGUUCCUAUCUCGGCUCAACUAAAGUACAAUAUUGAUCUUAUCUGCGAAUAUUUAUGCAAGAAGGUGCCAGUUCCUCAACGAGAUUUCACUUCACCGGCUCGUCUCAUCGUAAUCCGAUCAUUUGAUGUAAAUCGACCCGGCUCUGAAGUUGAACAUCUUAAGGGUGGUGUUGCUGGAGGAUCUGUUCUUAGAGGUAUCUUGCGAGUGGGACAAGAAAUCGAAGUCCGACCUGGAAUCGUUUCAAGGAAUGCUGACGGAAAAGUGCAAUGCCAGCCAAUCUUCUCAAAAAUCGUCUCAUUAUACACGGAGAAUAAUCAACUUCAAUAUGCUGUGCCCGGAGGUCUCAUCGGAGUCGGAACCCAAAUCGACCCAACUUUAUGCCGGGGUGAUCGAUUGGUUGGUCAUCUUCUUGGUGCUGUCGGAACAUUGCCAGAUAUUUAUACAGAAAUUGAAAUCAGCUACUUCCUUCUUCGACGUCUUCUCGGUGUGAGAACUGAAGCCAACAAGAAAGCGGCCAAAGUGCAGAAAUUGAGCAAAGCAGAGGUAUUGAUGGUCAACAUUGGCUCACUUUCAACCGGUGGACGUGUCAUUGCCGUCAAGGAUGAGAAAGCCAAAAUAACACUUACCGAUCCGAUAUGCACAGAGAUUGGCGAGAAGAUUGCCCUAUCGCGGCGUAUCGAAAAGCAUUGGCGAUUGAUCGGUUGGGGUACAAUUCGUCGAGGAACAACAAUCACGCCCUCCGAAAAUCAG